CCCUUUAAAUGCGCACCGGUGGGCGGGGCCCGUCCCGGCGGCGACAGCCAACGAGAGGCGCACCGCCCCACAGCGGCCACGCCCCCAGCGGCCGCGCCUCCGGCGCGUCCUCCGAACCGUCCAAUGGGCAGCAGGGAGAGGCACCGCCCUCGCCGCCUAUUGGCCCGGCGUUGCGCGGCAGCCGGGCGACGAUGGCGGCGCCCAGCAUCGUGGGGCCCCGAGCGGUCCGCGGCUGACGGCGCCGAGCGGGCCCCGGCGGGGCUCCUGCGGCCGCCAUGGACCUGCUGUUCGUGCUGUUCCGCGGGCUGCGGAUGGUCCUGGACCUGCUGCUCCUGGUGCUGGACGUCAACUUCUUCCUGGUGUCCUCGCUGGUCUCGGCGCUGCUCUGGCUGCUCGCCGCGGCCUGCAGCCUUCCCGCGGCCGCCGCCGCCGGGGCUCUGGCCUGCUGGGACGGGCUGCUCCUCUGUCUGGCUUCCCUGGCCCGGGCGGCCUGCGGCCUGGCGCUGGGAGCCGUGCAGGGCCUGGUCGGCCUGCUGCGGGGCGGCUGCUGCGGCCUGGAGGGGCUGAAGGUGGCCGGGCACCUCCUUUCGCACCUGGCGCUGCGGGGCAGGGAGCUGCUGCACCGCGGGCUCUGCGGCCUGCUGGGCUGCGGGCAGGCCCUGGCCAGGCAGCUCUGUGAGGGCCUGGCCAUCAGCACCAGCCUGCUGGCCUACCUGGUCAACAGCCUGGUCAACGUCUGCCUCAUCGGCACGCAGAACCUCUUCACCCUGCUCGUGGCCCUGUGGGACUCCAUCGCCGGCCCCUUCCUCAGAGUCACGGACCUGCUGGCUGCUUUCCUCGCGCACAUCUCCAGUGGCGCCAUCGCCGUGUCCAUCCUGCUCUGGUCGCCCUGCCAGCUGGCCUUUGAGCUCCUGGUCUCUGUCACAAAGCUCUUCAUCAACAUCUUCUUUGUAAAUAUUUACGGCCUGGGCUUGUUCCUCCUCAUUAUUGCUGUCAGCAGCUUUGUAUUCAACCCUGGGCUGCUCUGGACGCUGACGGGCUACGUGCUGGGCUAUUUCAACACACUGCCCUCCUACCACCGCCUGCAGCGGGAGGCAUGGCGGCUCUAUCAGGUGGCAGUCCUGACGCUGGGUAUGGCCAUGGCCUCCCAGACCUGGCGCAGGUUGGUGGACUGGAGCCUGCAGGUGACCAACUGGAGCCGCGGAGGCAGAACGAUGGACCGGGAAAGCAACCAGCGAGGGGCGGCUGUCCCUGUCCUGAGACCUGCAGCUCCCGGCAGGUUGCCGCUGGCAGGGUUUGGCCAGCUGCCAGCUGAGCAUGAGGACCAGCCGGGUGCGGAGCAGGUAGCACAAGCGCGGCCUGCUCUGGGUCGAAGCGCCGCAGCAGGACAGCGUCUCCAGCCUCCCAGGGACGAGCCAAGCACUUCCUGGAGGAAAGCUCCGAGGAGACAGCAGCUGAAUGCAGCAGCUGUGGAUGGUGAGGACACUCUGGAUGAUGACCCCUGGAUGCUCCUGAAAGAACAAGAGGAACGUAAGAAAUGUGUCAUCUGUCAAGACCAAACCAAGACAGUCCUGCUUCUGCCCUGCAGGCACCUGUGCCUGUGUCAGGAGUGCACAGAAGUCCUCCUGCAGCAGGCCAUCUACCAGCGCAACUGCCCACUGUGCCGCCAGAUGAUCCUCCAGACGCUCAAUGUGUACUUGUGAGCCCAAGGGGUGGGUGGCUUGGAUCAUUAUUCCAGGAGCUCAAGGGCCCUGUCUGCCUCUUGCCAGGAAGCAGAACUUCCCAGGCCUGCCUUGAGAAGCUUCCAAAGAACUAAGGAUGGUGCUUGAAAGGGCAAAAGGCUGUUGGAGGUGUCUGCUAGCCACAUUUGCUAUGUAACCAGAUUGUAGCUCCUGCUAGCAAGCACAAUAACUGAUGUCUGCAGCAGGCAGAAAGAUUUACCUUUUUUUCGUUGACAGCUUCUGCUGUUUCGGGGCCUAUUGCCUCGAGCCUGCAGUGGUCUGAGACCCAAAGCAGAGUGCAGAUAGAUGUUCUGGUACCUCCUAGCCAAAGCUGAUGUGUCCUUCUGGGAAUCACAGGGGCUGGUGCAAAGCAAGGGAUGCUUUUUCCCAAGGUCUGACCAGAAAACUACCUGGCAGACUGCACUCAGGCCUCUUGUUUCCUCCUUCUGCCGUCUAAAUGGAGGAGCUGCCUGAGAAGGAAGAAGUGUGCCCCUUUUGCAAGGCUGUAGGACAGCAAUGAGCACACUCAGGCUUUUUAGGCUCUGCUACCAGAGGGCUGAGCCUGGCUCUCAGCUGGAGGAGAGCAGGGUUUCUGGGGUACUUCAAUAUCCCAGCCACCAUGGCUUUGGUUUUUCAGCUUCCUAUUCCCCUUGUCAGGACAAUGAGGAGCCGUGAAGAACACGGGCUCCCUGCAGAGCUCAGCAUUGCUGCCGCUUCCAUGCAUCACCUAUGCAAGACUAACAAGUACACAUCAGGUUACUCGCAUGGGGAGGCUGGAGGGAGUUACUCUUUCUGCUCUGGUGCUGUUUGGGGAAUCUGAGGGGUGACUGGCUCCCUGCGCUCGCAACCCUGGCAGCAGCAGCACGCAUCUGAGCCAAUGCUGGAGAAUCCUCUUUAGAUAAUACAUGUUUUCUUCAGGUUCAGAGUGCCGUGGAACUGGGCGGCUCACAGCAGUGCUUGCUUGCUGCCUCCCAGGCUGGGCUCUCUUUGGGAGGAGAAGGCACUCCCCAACGCUCCUGGGAGCCCACCGAGACAGCCCAGCUCCAGACACAAGUUCUGCAUGGCCAUGCUGUGGAUCUGCAGUUGUGUGCAUGGAGCAGUAGCAGGACCAUGGGUAUCUUUGUUUAGGGCAGGGUUACAUUGCUGUUCUGUCUUACUGUCUGUCAGAAAUGUAGCUAGUUUCAUUCAAAAGUGUCCCCUGAAGUCUAAUGGUGGCAUCUGAUCCUGGCCGGGGCGGGGCCUGAGGUGGCUCAUCCCAGCUUGGUCAACCAGCACCAUUCCAAAAACAUUGCUGGGCUGUGAGAAGGCCUUGCACUAAAAAGCUUUUCCUUUUCCAGCUGCUUGCCUGAGGUCAGCCACGUGCCACAGCCCAUUUUGGCUGGAGCCAGACUGGAAAGAGUCUUGACUGCUGAACUGCAAGCCAAGAGCCUGAGGGCGGCUGGCAAGGUCUUCCUUCUCUGUUCUCCUUGAUUAGCGAUGUAAGCCAAAACAGAGGCAGCAGAGAGGCCAGGCCAUGCUGGGAGACGCCUCUGUGCUGUAAACCUGAGCUGUGGCAAGAUAAUUUCUUGUUGGAGAGUGGCUUUGCUCUGGGAGGCACUGCAGGGUCUGGUUGCCCCCCUUGUUUGCUGGGGGAGCCCUUGGGCCAAGCUGGGCUCCUCAGCAUGACAGGGUGUUACAAGGGCAGAUGGGCUGUGAGGUGCUUUGCUCAGAACCAGCUCAUGAAUCUUGGGGUACAGUAUUUCCUACAUGAAUUACAGGGGGGAAGGACACCUCUCCAGAACUGCAGGUUUUUUUUCCUUCAAACACUUUGUAUAUUAUAGCAGUCACGCUUAUUGUUUUAGGGCCUGUUUGUUUGCUGCCUGUUUAUAAAAAAAAACAAAAAAAAAAAAAGGAAAAAAAGAAAGCUUUGCCUUAAGUUUAACUCCUUGCACUAUGGAUUAGAUACUGAGCAAAUUAAAAUCUCCUCUACCUAAAA